UCAUCGCCAUUUUGAAUUACAGCCGCACUUCGCUGGCUGAUGACUGAAAGGAGGCAAGAUUUAUUCGUUUCUGAAAUAUUUCUGCGCAUUCAAAGCUAUACUUACUGGAUACAUAUUGUGAGGGAUUUACAUCGCUCUAAGUAUGGCUCACCGAAAUCUAAAACAGGUCAACAUUCAAAACAACGCACCGUCGCCGAAACCUCAGCAGCAGCAGCAGUACCACCAGCAGCAGCAGCACACAAAGCGCAACAUGGACUCUCCAGGCAUGGAGCGAAGGCCGAAUGUUGCGGAUGGGAAAACCCCACCACCAAAGCCGCCGACGGCUGCCAGCCCUGCGGCAGAGGGGGAGGGUGGAGCCGGAGAGUCGCAGGAGAUGACGCUGGAUAUAAAGAGUUUCAGGAGACCCGGGGAGAAAACCUUCACGCAGCGUUGUAGGUUGUUCAUCGGUAACCUCCCGACAGACCUCACGGAGGAUGAUUUCAAAAAGCUGUUUUCCAAGUAUGGCGAGGCUAACGAGGUGUUUAUCAACCGAGACCGAGGAUUCGGCUUCAUUCGACUGGAAACCAGGACGCUGGCGGAGAUUGCCAAGGCAGAGUUGGACGGCAUAGUGCUGGGGAACCGACCUAUCCGGAUCCGCUUCGCCACGCACGGCUCUGCCCUCACGGUGCGGAACCUUUCCCCCGUGGUCUCCAACGAGCUCCUUGAGGAGGCCUUCUCCGAGUUCGGCCCCGUGGAAAGGGCUAUCGUUGUGGUGGACGACCGAGGAAGGCCCACUGGGAAGGGCUUCGUGGAGUUUGCCAACAAACCUUGUGCUCGUAAAGCCCUGGAUCGCUGUGCUGACGGGGCGCUGCUGCUCACCACGUCUCCUCGGCCUGCCAUUGUGGAACCCACCGAGCAGCUGGAUGAAGAGGAUGGACUCCCAGAGAAAUUGCUGGUGAAAUCUGUACACUACCACAAGGAGAGGGAGCACCCCCCGCGGUUUGCCCAGCCGGGGACAUUUGAGUUUGAGUACUCGUCCCGCUGGAAGGCCCUGGACGAGAUGGAAAAGCAGCAGAGAGACCAGGUUGAGCGCAACAUCCGAGAGGCAAAGGAGAAGCUGGAGCAAGAGAUGGAGGCCGCCAAGCACGAGCAUCAGCUCAUGAUGAUGAGACAAGACCUGAUGAGGCGUCAAGAGGAGCUGAGGCGUCUGGAGGAGCUUCGCAACCAGGAGCUGCAGAAACGCAAGAAUAUAGAGAUGAGACAUGAGGAGAGGCGUAGGCAGGAGGAGGAGAUGAUGCAGCGCCAUCGAGAGCAGGAAGAGAUGAGACGCCAACCGGACGGCUUCAAGCCAAACUAUGCGGACACCAGAGAACAGGAAAUGAGAAUGGGUGAACUGGGCCCUCGUGGAGCCAUUAAUAUGGGAGAUGGGUUUAACCCCGCCUCUGUUGCCGGGGCCAGUGUAAACCAGGGACCCCCUCAAAUGAUUGGCAUAGGCAUGAGCGGAAGGGCCGGAGCCAUGGGCCCCGAGGGAACUCCAAACAUGGGCGCACCAAACAUGAUGCCAGACAAUGGAGCCAUGCAGCGCAACGAUAGGUUCCCCCAGGGGGCUCCUAAUCAGAUUGGUUCAUCCCCAAUGAGUGGCCGUCCAGGUGUCGAGUCCCCUCAGCAGCAACAGGCAGUGGGGGCAGGGCUUAUGGGGGCAGGGCCUGGACCUGCAGUGGGGGGGCCAGCAGGCUUUGGGAGGGGAAUCCCUGUUGUGGGAAACUAUGAAGGACCUAACAACAAACGUCGCAGAUACUGAUUGUGUUAUUAUGUUUACAGUUUUUCAACGGUGUACCCCAAGACUCAAUAUUUGGAUCUCUUGCUUUUCCUUUCGCAUUGUGUAAAAUAACUGAUUUAUUUUCUCAUCAAAUGUUUGUUUCUGUUCUUUUAAUUUGGGCUGAUUAUUUCCCUCCGCUUCUUCAUGUGUACCAAAUGUUGACUGAGGGGAAAAAAAUACUUGUUUUAUAUCAAAAGCCAGGCCCAAUAUUCAUGCAAAAACACAAAUCUUCAAUGUUGGCCGCCAAAGGCCAAUAUCAACUGCGAUGUAUCUUGAUGUAGUCAGGUCUGUAGGUAAGGUUUAGGCCAAUAUUAACUGUGAUGUAUCUUGAUGUAGGCAGGUCUGUAGAUGGCUUAUAAACUUCUGUAUGAUGUUGUUUCUUGCUUUUUGCUAUCAGUAUCCUAUCCUCCUGUUAUUGUUGUUUUCAGUAGAUCCUAGUAACAAGUGAAGACCUGCAUUGCCUCUGCAAUGGUUAGCUUACUUUGAUUUCCUCCCGUCCAUAGAAUGUCUUUCCAGUACAUUGCAUCCUUGUAGUAGUAGUUUGGCUAACUGCAAUAAAACUGAAAUGCCAUUUUGUGAAAACUAAGUUGAUUGAAGUAAAAAAACAACAAAAAAACUA